CUUCGAACCGGAAGCAAAUUUGUGGGGUCAUGGAAACUUUGAAACGUUUUCUGUCGGAUGCACGCAUGUAAACAGAACCUCUUGUUUAGUUGGUGUAAGACCAACAACAGGUCAUGCAUGCCUCUCAAGGGGGUACGAAUUUGAAACAUUAGUAUUGCAGUAAAUUAUUGAGCAAAAAUGUCUAUGGAAGAUCCGUUUUUCGUCGUCAAAUGUGAGGUCCAGAAGGCGGUGAACACUGCCCAAGGGCUGUACCAAAGAUGGAGCGAGCUGCUACAGGAUCCCAGUGGUACUUCCAAGGAGGAGGUGGACUGGACCACCAAUGAGUUGAGAAACAGUCUGCGGUCCAUCGAAUGGGACCUGGAGGAUCUCGAUGAGACCAUCAGUAUUGUUGAAUCAAACCCUAAGAAGUUCAAUCUGGACACAGUGGAGCUGACCAAACGGAAAGGCUUCAUCACAAGCACUAGACAAACCGUUAAGGAAAUGAAAGACCACAUGUCCAGUCCAACAGCCUUAGCCAUGUCAGACAAGAAAAAUAGACAGGCUCUGUUAGGGAACAGUGGGUCUCAAGGCCCAAUCUGGCAACCAGGACCUGACAAAUACACCCGUCUGGACCAAGAGCUACGUACGGCCAACUCCAUGUUCAUUGAUGAGCAGCAAACCCAGCAGCAGCUCAUGGCAGAGCAGCAGGAUGACCAGCUGGAGCUGGUGUCUGGGACCAUCGGGGUGCUGAAGAACAUGUCUGAGAGGAUUGGUAUGGAGCUGGAUGAACAGACCGUGAUGCUGGAUGACUUCUCCAAUGAGAUGGAAGGUACCCACUCCAGACUAGACAAUGUCAUGAAGAAGCUGGCCAAGGUCUCCAACAUGACCACCGACCGCCGACAGUGGUGUGCUAUCGGCAUUCUACUGGCCAUUCUGUUUGUGGUUGUCAUGCUCCUCUUAAUCCUAUGAUGACCGUCCACCACCACAACAGCACCCCUGUCUCCGUUUGACCAUAGGGAUGGACUUUACAUGGGGCUUGGGAAAACAUCAAGGUUUCCAUUGACAUAGGGAAAUGGCUAUCUACCCCAACGCUCUUUUUACUACAUACUGCUGAAUAUACAGCGAUUCUUCCGUAGCUGGUGCAAGUUUCUGCUCAAGCAACAUUCUCAGUUGUCAUUUUAGCACUAAACUUAAACCUUCAUUGGCAUCUCUAUGUAGGAUUUGGCCCUAUGUGAAUACUAGGCCACAAAAUAUUUUCCGUAAACCAGGGUGUAACCAGGGUCGUUGCAUACCCCUUGUGACAUUUUAGUGUUAAUAUUCAGAGAAUAAUGAAUGAAGAAGACUCCACUCCGCUUAUCUAAUCGUUAGUGUUUUUAUUGAAAGGGGCUUGUCUAUAGUUUCUCGCUGGAAAAAACCCUACGGCUACCUGAUGCACUGUUGGCAUAAAACGUUUAUAUGUAUAUAUUAAACUGUAUAUAUAAUCUUAAUUGAAACAAAACACUGGAGUUCCCUAACAAGGAAAAUAAUAUAUAUUGCUAAGCGGGUAUACAUAUCACUAACCACACUAAAAUGGUUCAACUUAAUGUGUUAUUAUAUAUUUUUCUUAAUCUAUGUUCUUUCUUUUUGUACUAUAUGUAUUUUGGGGUGUAGGCUUACACGAUCAACAGGUGUUUAACACUCGCCUGCAAGAUCAAGUCGCUGCCUGCAAUACUGAACAUAGUGGAGCAUAUCCAUAGACAUCUGGAACAGGGCUCAAUCCUGAAUUUAUGUGUCUAACGUGAGCAGUCUUAUCUUGUACGUAAAGUGGCAUGAUCUAGAAGUCCUACCACAUGUCUAUAUGUUUGGUAUCUUUCAGUCCGACAACAUUUCACCAUGAGGGUCAUUCUAAAGACUACAUGCUUGUGAACAGUGUGUGACACACCCCCAGGUGUACUUGAAUCUAGCAUGUCAACAGGUCUAAGGUUGUUUAUCUCAGCAACUAAGGGUCAUGUAUUUGUUUUGGAAUGUGGUUAUGUGGUUUUUACAAGGCCUUUAUACCAAAGGCUUGUGUUUUUUUUUUUUUACGCUAAUUGAGAAGCCUUACCUGUGUUGUGGUUUAUCAGUGUUACAGGAACCCUGUUGUAAUAAUGAUUAAUGGGGGAAAUCAUCUGACUGUCAUGCCUGGGUCGUAUUCAUUAGGGUACUCCGUAGCAAAACAUUUUGCAACAGACAAGUAAUGUUUAAUUUCAGUCAGCUUUCUUCUGUUUGGUGCUUAAUGAAUACAGCCCUGGGUGUUGCAAUAAGACAGACUGAGAACAGAGAUCUGCAUAGCCAGUGCUGUUUGCUGAUACUCUAGUAGGCUGAUGCUCUAUGUUAUGCUAGGGCUGGAAACUUCAUUUUGAUCUUGCUUCCCUGUACCUCGCCCCUACCUUGGGUUCCAGGAUAAAUCGUAAAUUGAGGGUUGAAUGAAUCUGCUCUGUGUGUUCCUAUACAGUUCAAGGAGAAUGAUACUGUUAUGUUAGUUAUCGUGGAAACCUGGUAACAGUUUGAUUUGAAUAGGCCUCAACUCAUUUGAGGACUUGAUAUGAACGUAAUACAUUAAUUGACUGUAUUUUAGGUUGUACUACCUCAAUCCACAAGUGACAGUAAAUCAAGACAGUCAAAUAAUGCAAUACACCAGAAUGAUCAUGUGAUGGUACUACUAUAUGAAAUAUAAUGGAAACUAGUGAUCAAAUCUGAGUUCUGAAAACACUCCAGUCUUCUUUCAAAGGUUUUAUGAAGUUAGAAAGAAAUAUUUUAUGUCAAUUGUUUUUAUUAGUUGUUUAUUUAUUAUUUCAUGACGGUUAGUUAACACAAGUUUACUGUAAUAGGAAUACAGUAUUGCAUUUAUAGUGUAUACGACAUCAUUAGGUAGAAAACAUUUACUAACAUUUCUUUGUUUUCUUUUUCAAAUGGUCUCUUUUAAGCGUCCACACAUUUUCAGCAGUGUUAUAUCUGGUAGAAAGGGUGUGACUUGGUUGAAAAUAUUAGCAUUUAUUUCAGAUUAUGGAUAUUUUGAAAGCAUGACAAUGACCCAGACAAUGAUGUACCAUCUCAAAAUCACUUGUCAGUCACAAUUUGAAUUUAUUGAAGUUGCAAGUAAUUGUGAUGCUGUAUUACAAAGUACAGCAUCACUGUACCCUUAGUAUUAAAUACUGUACUUAAUGCACAGCAAAGUCACUGGUGAUAGGUGGAUGAGACCUAUUUGGUGUAUGUGAUAAUAAAUAGUACUGUUUGUGGAGAAUGGGUACAGUCCACUACAUUGGAAGUCAUGAUUAGUGUUUGAUUGGGUGAAACAACUGUGUUCCUAUAGAGGAGGAGGAGGCGAAGCGAGAGGUUUCACUCGCCAAAAUCUGAUUUAAGCUUGUCGCCCACCUUUGGGACAACGACUGCCAUUUUUAGGGCAGAGACAUAAGCAUGAUCUCGUCAUCAUAUACAGAUGUCUGGUGUUCCUCUUGUUUGUGUAGUCAUGCGUCUGGAGUGUAUAUAAAUGCUUUUUACCCUUGAACUUUGACCUCAUGUCAUUGUAUCAUGGCUGUGCAUCUGUCCUGAAAAUAAAACAGCAAGCAGGAUGCUGCGAAGAUUCA